AUGCGUCGACAAAAUAUAAAAUGGGCUUGGAAAGUUGCAAUACUCUUGACUAUGUCAUUGGCUCUCUCUGUUUUAAUCGCAAGCUGGAUAUCCUUGAGUUACAAUAAUUUAGGAGAGAGCGUAGAGAGUGGAGUUGAAGUUCCAAAGCUACCACAUUUGAAAUUUGAGGCUCAACAGCUAUUCUCAGCAAUUGAUCUAAAAAAAGAUUGGCAUGAUUACUUGGCUAUGGAGCGUGAUCAGAAACGAGUUGGACUCGGCGAACAAGGAAAGCGUGCUAAGCUAAAUGACCAAUCACAGAAAGAAUUGGAGCUGAAAAUGUCUCUGGAUAAUGGUUUCAAUGCUCUACUUUCCGACUCAAUUUCCGUAAAUCGUUCCCUUCCAGAUAUUCGCUAUAAAGGGUGCCAAAUAAAGAAAUAUUUGGCGAAGUUGCCUUCAGUCAGCGUAAUUCUUCCAUUCUACAACGAGCACUUGGGUGUCCUUAUGCGCGCCGUACACAGCGUGGUAAAUCGUUCACCUCCUGAAUUGCUAAAGGAAAUAAUUUUAGUAGACGAUUUUAGUGAUCGCGAGUACUUAUUCGAACAACUCGAGCAAUAUGUGUCUGAAAACUUUCCUAAAGUACAAAUAGUGCGCUUGAAACAACGUACUGGACUGAUUGGUGCAAGAAUGGCUGGUGCGCGCCGAGCCACAGCCGAAGUACUGAUAUUUUUGGAUUCACAUAUUGAAGCUAACUACAAUUGGAUGCCACCGCUAUUGGAGCCAAUAGCAAUAAAUAAACGAGUUUCGGUUUGCCCGUUUAUCGACGUUAUCGAUCACAGUAAUUUUGAGUAUAGAGCACAAGACGAAGGCGCUCGUGGCGCAUUCGAUUGGGAGUUUUAUUACAAACGCUUACCGUUAUUGCCGGAAGAUUUGGAAGACAGAACUAAACCAUUUAAGAGUCCAGUUAUGGCAGGUGGAUUAUUUGCUAUAUCAAGUGAUUUUUUCUGGGAGUUGGGUGGCUACGAUGAGGGUCUUGAUAUUUGGGGAGGCGAACAAUACGAACUGAGUUUCAAGAUUUGGAUGUGUGGUGGAGAGCUUGUGGAUGCGCCUUGCUCGAGAGUUGGACAUAUCUACAGAGGUCCACUAAACCCAAGACCUAGUCCUCGAAAGGGAGAUGUGUUACAUAAAAACUACAAGCGUGUGGCUGAGGUAUGGAUGGACGAAUACAAAUCGUAUUUAUACGAACACGGGAAUGGAUAUUACGAGGUGAUUGAUCCAGGUGAUUUGAGUAAACAAAAAGCUAUUCGCGAAAAACUCCAUUGCAAGUCGUUUAAAUGGUUUAUUGAGAACGUAGCAUUCGACCUGAUACGGGCCUAUCCGCCAGUAGAGCCACCUGAUUUUGCAUAUGGGGCCAUACAAAGCGACGCCGAACCAGCACUUUGCAUCGAUACCUUAAACAAAUCCCGGCAUUCAAAAAUUGGACUUUAUCCCUGUGCACCAAAUCUUAAACAGCCGCAAAGAAAUCAAAAUUGGGCUAUAAGCUGGCGCAAGGACUUGCGUUUGCGUCGAAAAAGAUAUUGCUUCGAUGUACAACAACAACCCCCGAAUGCAUCCAUAUGGCUGUGGGAAUGCCACGGCCAGGGAGGAAACCAAUUUUGGUUUUAUGACCGUCAUCACAAAUGGCUUAUUGCGGGAAAGCACAACAAUCAUUGCUUGGAGGCCGAACCUAAGAGUCGAACCAUUUACAUUAACCGAUGUGACUCGGAAAAUCCUUACAUGAAAUGGAGCUUUGGUAAUGUAAAUGAUACGGCAUUGGACAUGUUUUUUCAACAAGAACCGAAAUAUUUUUGAUAGAAAUUUUCUCUGAAUGACUCUCAUGUAGUUUUCAAGGACCGAUAAAAUGUUGUCAAACAAAUCAUUGAAUAGAGUA